ACAUGAACAUGAUGCACUCGGGGCACGUGGGACACCGAGUUGCAGACACGGAGGGGGGGCACACCGGGAGGAGGACAGCCACCCUGCCAGGGGACACAGACGCAGAGUUGUUGUCCCCCCCAGCCCCGGGGUCCCCUCACACUCAGGGGGGGGGGGUUCCUGUGCUGCCGGGGGGGGUCUGUGAUCACACCUGGGGGAUGUGUGAACCCCCAGCACCCGCGUGUGCAAACGUGCAGCACCGCAGGUGCGGCUGUCCCUGCGUGCCCACGCGUGUGUCCCCCACCCCUCGGCUGCUCCUGCGGCCCCGGGGUCACCGGGACACUCAGCCAGUGCCAGGGGGAUGCUCAGCAUUCCAGGAAAGGACCGGGGGGUCCGGCAGGGGUCAGGGGGUGCUGAUUUGGGGGUGCUUCCCCCCUGCCCCCCCCCGGGGCCGGCUACGCCCUGACAGGGUGACACGGGACAGCCGGACCCGCCCGUUCCUCUUCCCCACACCAGGCAGCAGCGGCCGGAGCGCAGGCUCCCGGUGCAGUGGAGGGACCAUGGGGCUCCCCGCGGCCCCGCUCGUGCUGCUGCUGCUGCUGCUGCGCCCCGUGACCCCCGUGUCCACCGUGACCCCCGUGUCCACCGUGUCACCCUGUUGGGCCUUGGUGCCGGACUCUUCCGAAGACCUGAACCUGACCAACAGGAGCCGUGGAUGUGCCGAGCUGGACUUGGGGCAGUUCCGCCGGCAGCGCCGGCUGGUGCUGAGACACAACGGCAUCGAGGCCCUGAGCCCCGGGUCCCGCCUCGGGCCCGGCCUGGAGGAGCUGGACCUGGCGGAGAACCGGCUCCGGGAGCUGCCCGAUGGGUUCUUCGACAACGUCACGGCCCUGCGGACCCUGCGCCUGGAGGGGAACCCCCUCCCCGCCGUGCCCCCCGCCGCCUUCCAGCCCACCCUGAGCUCCCUGACCGUGUCCUGCCGCUGCGACGUUCUGGGCACCGUCCUGGCCCCCUGCGCCCGCGCGGGGAUCCAGUGCGUCUGCUUCACAUCCCACCGGGAUUCCUUCAACGUCACGGAAUUCCACGGCCGGGAAUGCGGGCUCAGCGUGGGGCUGGUGGCCGGGGUGGCCGUGGCGGCCGCUGCGGUGGCCGUGCUGGUGGCCGUGGGCGCUGCCGCGGUUUGUUACCGGCGGAGGAGAGCGGGAGCCCCGGUGGCCGACGUGGGAUGGGGGAAGCCGGAUCCCGCUGGAAACCUCCGGCAGCCCCGCUACAUCAGCCGGGACACCGGCGCCGGCACCGCCGAUCUCACCGACGCCCCCGACUACGAGAACGUCUUUGUGAGCCCCGGCACGGCUCCGGCUGCUGCGCAGGGAUGGGCUCCGGGAUGGCAGGAGCAGCGCUACAGCCCCCAGGUCCUGGUGGAUGAGGAUUAUUUCCUGGAGAGCACGGCCGAUCCCGGGGACCAGCCCAUCUACGCCAACACCCCGGGCCCCACCGAGGACGUCUACAUCAUUCCUGACCAGUGAGGGGCCGGGGGGACACUGAGAGGGCCGGGGGGACACUCUCUGUCCCCCACUGACACCCUUUCCCUGCUGUCCCCCAGCCCGGAGGGGACAGGGCCGGACAUCCCCCACAGCCGGGCCCACGUGUGGUUCCCGCACACACAUCCUGUGCGGACGCCUUUUGCAGGGGAUUUUUUUAACACCCCCUUCCCCGGUCCCCUCCUUCGCCCCAGUUCUCAACCUGGGGCGAGGGCUGAGCUGACAUUUCCUCCCGGGGCUGCGGCCACCGACCACAGGGACGCCCCGUGCCGCAUCCGCCGGCAGCCGGCACCGGAGUCCGGACCCGCACGGAGUCCCCGGAGCCGGCCGGAGGAGCUGGGGCUGGGGCUGGCCACGGCCUCGGGUUCCUCUUCCCCUUUUGGGGCCGAUGGAGGGCUGGGUGCUGGCGGUUGGGGACAUCCGGUGCCACCUGCGCCCUCUUUUCCUGCUGAAUCCGCCACUCCGGAGAACAAAGAAAAAGCUCUUUCUUUUAAUCCUCCUGGUGAGACCCCGAGCUGUUGGGCGCCAUGGGGACAUGGGGACACCAUGGCUUGUCUGGGUGUCCCCCCAGCCCCUGGGAGGCUUCACCGUGCCCCAUUAAAUGGUUUAAUUAUCUCUAA